AUGUCAAGUCCAUGUCGGCUGCGGCCGAAGGGUAAGGAUGUUGAAAAACUGGAGAUCGAUGCUUGGAAGUACGAGAUGACCAAACUAUACAGUAAAGUGACGCCGUGUGAAGACAUCGAUCCAGAUUGUCCGCAUUACGUAGACAUGUGCGACGUGUCUUACGUUGCAUCAUUCGUAAAUGAAAAAUGCCAAAGAACAUGUGGAUUCUGUGAAAGAUGUCACACGGUAGCUGUUCCCUCCGAAGGUCCCUCUGAAGAUCCAUCCGAAGGUCCUUCCGAAGGUAAAGUGACGCCGUGUGAAGACAUCGAUCCAGAUUGUCCGCAUUACGUAGACAUGUGCGACGUGUCUUACGUUGCAUCAUUCGUAAAUGAAAAAUGCCAAAGAACAUGUGGAUUCUGUGAACCAACAGGAGUUCAAGAUUCCUGUUUUGACAUAGAUUCGGAGUGCCCAAGCAAACGCUACAUCUGCAAAAUUAAGUCCCAUCGUUUAUAUGCCGAGAAAUGGUGCAGCAAAACCUGUGGAUAUUGUUUUUCGGAGCUUGAGAAUAAUGAUUUGCUCUAGGACACAUGGUGGGAACCUUAGGCCUACAUUUACUAAUUUAAUAAUAAUAAUGAUUGGUCUUGUAGCGCAUCAUACAAGAAACAUGAAGAAUAACAGAAUAUACAGUUAUAUUGGUGAUCUGGUUCUAAAUUAUUACAUUUCAUACAUGAAUCAAAUUAUAUCUUCUAUUUAAAGUCAUUGUAAUUUAUAAAUUAAAAAAUGCCAUUACAAAUAAGUAGGCCUAACAAUUGCCUGUAGAUACUUUUUAAUCGAUUACAAAUAGGCCUAUUUCUUAAAAUACAAAUGUCAAAAGGUACUAAAAUGUAGACGAAUUUAUGUUUUUAAAAUAAUUUUUCAGUUGGUAUUGUUUUCAUAAAUAAGUGGAUCUGUGGAAGCAUAAACUAAUGAUGCUUGGUAUUAUUGAUUGAUAAAAACACACCAUUUAUUAAUUAUAUUAUUAUUAUCACUACUAUAAUCAAUAACAUUUAUUAGUGUUACAUAUUAUUAAUUAUUAUUUCAAUCUUUGCCUUUUAGUUAUAAAUAUUUAAUAAUGGACCUUUCCGGAGUGCCAAUCAAACUUAUCAACUGACCAAUCAGAACAGGGCCAAGGAUACGCACUGUCUCACAAACACGCAUGUCCCAAAAACGCACGUGUUUGCGUAUAUUUUCACACUGUUGUCUUUUGGGAUCCUAGCAACAAUAUCCAAGGGCGGGGCUUACUAGAAAGGUCCAUGGACUGAUAAAUGUGUUGAUUGUCAUACUGGUAUAAUAUUGAAUUGUAGAUUAAUCAAUACAAUUUACAUCAGUACAAAGAUAAUGUACUAAUUUACGUAUUCGACAUAUUUUUAUUUACAAUGAAAAAAAACAAAAACAGCAUAACAUAUGCGUGUUAACGUUUCAUGUUGACGCCGAAAGUGUCUCAUUCUCAUCACUUCGUCGUCUGCUAAACAUGAUGACGUGUUAUGUAAUCACACAGUUUCAUAAAGAUUAUCGCUUUCGUGUGUUUUUUGUUGGUUUUUUUUUGUUGUUUUUUUUGUUGUUUGUUUUUUUUUUUGUUCUUGUUUUUUGUAACAAUUCUAAGCAGAUUAGAUGAUUAGGCCUAUUUAGGCAUAUUUAAUCAAUUAUUGGAUUAGUAAUCUAAAGGCUAAAGUUGUGAAUUCUAUAUUUUCUGGAUCUGAAAAUACAUAAAUAUAUAAAA